CCUUGAUAGGGCAGGUGCGACAGACAAAGACGUCCGUUAUGACAUCCUUCGUCAUACCUUCCGCUUCAUUCGUCAUGUCCGUGGCCUGAAGAGACUGUAGGGUCCGUGGCCUGAAUAAACUAUACUGUCUGUGGCCUGAAACGACUGUAGGAAUGCCAUCCCUCUUUGCUAUUCCCCGGUAUCAGGCAGCAGCCGGAGCGCAUCCGAUCCCUCGACCCUUCAACUAACAACAACAACAUCCUGUGGAACUUUUUAUUCCGAGUAGCUGAAUCUAAAACAACAACAACCUGUGAGUCAGUCAAGCUUAGAGUGUCGUCGCCCUGAAAUUAACAACAACAGCACUCUUAGAAAGUCUUGCACUUAAAUCAAGAAGAAGUCAGGCUUUAUAGAGUAAUGUGGGGCACCCAAGCAAACCUUAAACUCAAGAACACUGGCACCAAGAGCCAAGCCUGAGUAUGUCAAGUGGGACCUCUUGUGAGAUAAAGGCAGGGAAUAAAAAGCAAACCAUAGGAGUAAUUGUACUGUAAAGGAUGGAUAUUUCGAACUCCACAAGAGGGGCAACCCCACAUAUGUCAAUGCAAGUUGGUUUGCCGCUGAGUCGGAUGCCCAGAGGUUUCUCACGUGAUGACUUCAAUUUCUCUAAACUGUAUAAAUGCAUCCAGCAGGAAGGACAAAAUACUAUGUGUGAUGUUUCACAAGCACUGUAUUUAUAUUGUCAUGUAAAUUCCACUGGGGGCACAAUAUCAUUGCGAGAUUACUUCACGAAGGUAUUGAUGUGGAGUAACGAAAAACUGAAGAGAACAUUUAACACGACAGAUCAACCACUACUUGAUUCAAACCCAUUGACACAAAGCUUUGAUAUAUCUUUUGCCUUCAAAUUAAUGAACCAUGGAUGCUCUAAUAUUUAUAAUGAGUUAAAUGAAAGGUGUAAAUAUCAUAUGAGCUACCUCAAGACUAUGAGGAAUAAACUAUGCCAUAAAUAUGGGUGUCAUAAUUUAAAUGUUGAGACUGAAAUAGAUAAUCUCAAAAUGGUCUUGAGAGAGAUUUAUGUACAUGUUGGUGUAACUUUGGGAAGAGACUUCACAGAAAAUAUUGAUGCAAUGGAGAAAAAUCUUAAUGAUGUCUGUGAUGCUGAAAUUCGUCAAGAUGACAUGGUAUCAUAUGAGGAGGAUAUUGAAGAAUUUAAAAGAAAUAAAUCAAACAAAUUGAUUAUUAAUGGUCGCAGUGAAUUAGAAAUACUCUACAAAAAGUUCAGAGUUCUCAAUCCCUGUACUUGGAUGCUUGAUACCACAAAAUCCUCAGUUAGUAAGUUUUUUGUUGAUAAAAUUUUCACACCACUUAAAAUUGAAGACUCAAAUAGGCCUACAGAAAUUGAAAUGGCAGAGCUACUGACAAUAACAACACAGAUUACUGACGAGGUGAAAAUCCCUUGUGCAUUGUUACUCCAUGGUUUAGCUGGAUGUGGCAAGACUUCCUUGUGUCAGUACAUCUUAAAUGACUGGUAUAGGAAGACGGAGAAAAUUCUGAAUUUAAAGAACUUUGAUUUGGUGUUUCUAGUUGAAGUGCGAACAGUGAAAUCAAGACACCUAAUGGAAUAUCUUUGUGAACAAAGAAUCAUCAAAACAAGUAAGGAUUUUGAUUCAUCUGAAAUCAUACGAUUACUACAGGAUUUAGAUGUACUUUUCAUUAUUGAUGGGUUUGAUGAAGCAAAUGAGCUUUCAAAAGGGGUAGUGGAAGAGAUUUUUGCAAAAUUUCAAAAUCACCGUAUUGUGCUAACAACACGACCUGAAUAUCAACGCGAUGCAAUUUUGAUGUCAAGAAAACAUCAUGUCGAUUAUCUUUCAGUUGAAAUUUGUGGAUUUGAUGAUCGCAGAUUAGUGGAAUUUACCAACAAAGUUUUCACAGUAGUUGAAGAUAAUAAAAUACUCCGGAGACAGCAAAUUGAUGAGUUCUUGAAAUACAUAAAUGGGCGUGGCAAGGUUUUGGGAAGCCACCUUAGACUUCCACUUACGCUAGCUUUAUUAAUUUAUCUCUGGAAAGAUAAUCCACAAACUCUUAACAGAGUUACCACUGCCACAAGUCUGUAUUGUGAAUUAUUCAACUUGUGUCAAAGAAAACUGGAAGAGCGUCUGGAAAUUGUUUCUCAAGACAGAAGCACUGUGAAGGAGGUUUUACUGUUUCUUGGUGAACAAGCUUGGAACAUGCUCAAGUCAGGAAAUAUUUGUAUCACUAAAGAAAUUAUUAAUAUGAUUAAACAAAAAUGUGAAGAGAAGCAAAUUGAUGACACACAGUUUUUGUCUGCUUUUCUAAUGUGUGAGAUUGAUGAGACUCAUGAAGCUGCUGAGCAUACUUAUGCUUUUCUACACAAGACACAAAUGGAAUAUCUUGCUGCUGAAUUUUUGGCAAGUGAUGUGAUGAAUGGGAAGUCUUUAUGUCAAAUUAGCAAAACAAGAACUGAUUGGUAUAAAUACCAGGAGGUCAUUGUAUUUCUGACUGGCCACUUGGCGGUUAACCAGAUACUGGAAAGAAAUGUCAGUAAAUUAUUUUCCUUAAUAGAUAAGUCAGAAGUUGAAGGGAGUUUCAAUUUUUGGUGGAAAAUUUUCACAGAGGCGCUCGGUCUUACAGAGGUUGGAACUAAAAUUGCUGAAGAUAAACUGCCCUCGUUUACUUGGAAGUUAGAUCACGUUCACGUUGUGGCAGGACUCAGUCUUUUAAGCAACACUAUAGUGAAAUUGGAAAAUCUUACAAUUGAAAUGCCAAGUAAUGUUGAACCUUACGAGAUUCCAGAAUUGUUAGAUACAAUGAGAAACAUGAAAAACACAUUGAAAGGGAAAUAUAACAAAAAAAAUCCCAUUCUAGUUGAAUUGCAUUUCUGGAGGCACAAUGAAUAUAAUUGUCCACAACCAUCUGAUGAAUUCAUUCGUACACUUUAUCCAUGGGGCCAUCUCACAAAUUUCACUGGUUCCCUUGGACAUCAAAAGAAGAAUGAGGAGGUCCUUGCUUAUUGCUUUAAGCUGAAGAGUAUUCGAGUCAGAGUUGAAACUACUCAAGCCCUCGGGUCUCUAAGUAACAGUUUAUUAAAAAUAUAUAAAUCUAUUAAGAAGCUGCGUAUUACACUUGCAAUGCCACCAAAUUGUGAUCCAAAAUCAUUAGCAAAGCUGCAGUUCAAAGGUGACUUGGAAGUGAUAGUUCCUGACAUAACAGAUGAAAAUAAAGAGUGGUUAGCAUUGGCUAUCAAACAAGUUGGCCUGGGAUGUAAGAACAUAUCUCUGCCAGAAAGCCAAUUGACAUUCUCUGGAGUAAUGUGGCUUUUGGAUAAUUUAAGGAACAUAGGCUGUGGGAAAAUUUCCAUCAAGGCAAUCAAUGCAUCUGAUGAGGAAAUGGACCGUUUGUUGAAACAGCAGACGGUCACAUCCAUAACAAUCAAUUGGCUCGAUUAAUCUCACACAACAAAUAUUUGAUAGAAAAUACAUUUUUCAAAUCUACAGCUACAGCUUGACUUUUAACAUUUAAUGCUUUCUACAAUUUACUUACCUUUGCUCCUUUCCCUAAAGUUGGUAAGGGAGCAGGCAGCAUCUGUGGCAAAAAAAGGCAAGUAAAUAUGCUAAUAAUUCUUUAAGCCAAAAUAAAACCAACUGAAGCACAAUUGUGGGAUUUGUCUGGCACAACCCUUGAUGUGUCUACUAAUAUCAGUGUGAUUUUGCGAUAUGAAACCCAUGAAAAUGUGCAGCAUUCAGUGAACUAAAAAUUGUGAGUUCAACAAAUGAACUCGGGUGUAAAAUGCGUGUAAAAGUGUACACCUCGGGUGUAAAAGUUCACCAAUUCCUUGACCAGGCUGGUUUACACAAUAAAUCUUUCAAGAAUUUAGAAUAUAAUGGUUUAAAAUAUAGAAAAUCCAGCCAGUUAUUUUAACGUUGACACUUUGUAGCAUCUUAUUGCCUGUUUUUUAUUUUAUCAAUUCUUCUUCAUGAUGUUGAGUGUUUAAAGUACUGUAUAGUGAUGAACUGAUUUCACUUUGAAUAUCUUCAAUAUCUUUACCUUCUUUUCUGGUAUUACUCAUCUGUUUUCACCUGUCAUACAUUUCUCACUCCAUGAAAGGAAAAAAAUGAUUGAUGAUUUUGUAAACUAAAAGUUAUAAAAUGUAUACAUGUCCUCAUACAGUACAAAUUUGAUACUAACACUUUUGGAAAACUAAGCAAAAUUCAGGGAGCCAUAUAUAUUUUUAGUACUUGCUUAUGAUUAGACAUGAUUGCAGAAAAUAUAUGUAGAAUAAGCUAAACAGAAUUUAGUUUCAUAUGCAGUUCUGUAAUCUAUUAAACCAUAAGAAAAUAUGUCAGAAUUUUAUGGAGGGAUUAUCCCAAGUUGUAUUAGGGCAUGGUUAUUUCAUAGAACACAGAAUUAGUAUUAAUGGAGUUUUCCCAAUGGAAACUCCAAGUGGGGAAACUCCUGUAAGUGGAGUGCCCCAGAGGUCUGUCUUGGGGCCUCUAUUGUUUACUAUAUACGUAAUUUAUUUUUAUUCGGAACAGGAAGUCUGUGUUCCGAUAACUUAAGCUUAUAUCAAGGUCCCCUCAAAGUCUAACUGCUGGCUCUCCCAAGGAUGCAACCACAUAUCAGUUGCCUAAUUCCUGGAUACCUAUUUACUGUAUGUAAACAGAGGCAUUAGAAGGCAUGUAAACAGAGGCAUUUACUGUAUAUAAAUAGAGGCAAAGAAAGUAUGCCCAACCAUUUCUGUUUGACCCAGGGAUUGAACCCAUGGUCCUCAGUCACAAGUCAAGGACAUAGACCACUGUGCUACAGGACAUAACUGAAUUCAUUCAUAUAUUCAGUAUAUACAUUAUAUCUAACUUUUGUAUGAAACUAUCCAGUGAUCCCACUUCUCUUAUGCUAUCUGAUAAUUUGCUCCAUAAAUCAAGCCUCUUUUCAAACAGCUAUUUACCCAAUUCUUAUCUGAAUCUAAACUUCUGCAAUUUGAAUCCCUUGUUCAUAUGUUUAUAUUUCUGUGGGGAGCCCCAUCAGCUUCCUGAAGUUAUCUGAACUGAUAUAGGGCUUUAUUAGUUUGGGGAUCAUCAGUUACAUGAUUCCUUUGCCUACCGGAAACCACGAGCCAGAACCUGGUCCCCUCAGAGAGGUGCAGGGAACAAUGGUCAAUGAGUACCUUACAUUUAAAGUAUGUCAUCGUUUGCCAUUAACUGGGGAAGACACCCAGAAAGAUAGGUGAAACAAAACGAGCAUCUGGAGAAAAUUGCUACCCACGUCCAGAAAGAGCAAAGAAACUCCCACAGAAGAAAAGCAAACCAGCAACACUUCAUGCAAUUAACACUCUUGCUCAUUAGCGCUACUGCCCCAAGGGGGGAAACAGAGAGCCAGUUCUGGUAAGAUGGAAGCCCCCACCUCAGUUCUUGAACGGAUGAGCUGGGGUCAGCUUGGUCACCUCUGACCUCAAUUUCCUGUUCGGGAUUUUUUGCCCUGUGUGGCUGUACAAGCAGUGUGUGUGUGUGUGUGUGUGUGUGUGGUGUGGUGGCCUGGUGCAUUCUUGUGCUCAGAGCAGCAUGCGCCUAGGGUGAUUUUUUCCUCGGUGCUCUGUAAGUACUACCCUUGCAUUUCAGGGUUAUCUUCCCUGGGGUGUUUGGGAUUCACAACCUUUGCUUGAAGUUGUCUUCUUCACUCUUGGGGUGCAUCAGGAGUCUUAGGGGUUGCCAUCUUACCCCAGGUAGGGGGGAGUGGUUUGGCUUGGUCUGGGCGCACUGUGGUUAGUGUAGUCUACUUUACUUCCAAUCCGACAGCGGAUGUUUCUCUCCGGCUGCUAAUUUACUAAUGAUGUGAUUUUGGGAGCUUAAAAAUUUUAUUUUAAUUUUCUGCCGUAAUAAGCUCCUUAUUAGGUUCACCUAGGUUGUGGUGGCCCUCCUCUUCAGUUGCCACUGAGGUUUUUUCCUGCUUCUACUAGUCCCAGUGCCUGGGCUUCCCAUAGAGUUCACUCACCCUACGGGCCCCUGGAAAACCCCUGUGGGCUCGGUUGAACUAUGGAUACUUCUUCCAAGCCCGCUCUCUUCCUUAUGCGAUGUUGAUGGUUAUUCAUCGCCCCUGCGUCUGGGGGAUGAUCAUCCGUACGCCUCCGUCAUGCUGCCUGUGGGGUCGGGGACACCUACGACCCAGAUUCUUGUGGGACUUGUUCCCUGCUCAUACUUCAAUUAUUUUCAUCCCUUAUCUGAUGAUUUCAGGGAUCAGGUGGCGGUCGUGUUGCAUGCUCGAGUCUCACUUAUUGUAGACAAGGGCUGGGUUGAAGGCUCGUAAUCCUAAACAGGAUUAACCCUCUGAUCACAAACUAAUUGAAGUUCAGACCUGCAUGGGCAAUAGACCUAUGCAACCAGACACAAAUCCAAGAGGAGGAGAAUUCAAUUUAGAUAAUUUAUUGUGCACUCCAUACCCAUCCAUAUUGGGGGUAGUGGAAAGGGUUACAGACGCACAUAAUCAUUUAUUUGCGUCUGUAAGAUCAUUUUGAAUGAAAUAAAGAAUUUACGCAUCUCUUGAACAUAUGUUAUAGAAUAGUUUCUGAAUUCAUAUAUCUUUUUGCACUCUUAUCAUGUAGUAAUGGAGGGUGUGCAGAAAGUUUAGUUGACACAGUUUACAUUUGGUUAGGUUUAUAUCAGCAGAUAAUAAAAAUUCCAAGAGAUACUGUACUUAUAGCCGAGCCUAAGCCUAGCAGCGGUAACAUCUAGAGGUCUGCUGAUUUUAUUGGAUGAGCUUUAGAUGUGUGGCCCUUCUUGAAUAAUAAUAUGAUGAUAGGUGAAAUUAUGUGUCGAAUUCACUUUGCCUCAGAUUUUCAAGGUUUUGGUGAAGUUCUUGGUGUAUUAUUACUCUUGGAAUGUUUAUAGGCAAUCCAAGGUUAUAGUCAACUCCUUCUUUUAAGGCAGAUUCUUUGGCUAAUUCAUCAGCUUAAUCAUGCAUUCAGAGGCCAACAUGAGGUGGAAUCUACAUAAAGAACAUUGUGCGAGGAGCCAAUGCUAUGCUUUCCAGUUUCAGAAUUGCUUUUAAAUACAUGGAUGGUGAAAUACUAAAGAAAUUAUUCAUGACCUUUGUGAGGUCAAAGCUGGAAUAUGCAGUGAUUGUAUGGUGCUUCUUAAGAUAUGGGCACAUCAACAAACUGGAAAAAGUGCAAAGACAUGCAACUAAAUGGCUCCCGAAACUGAAAGACGAGCUAUGAGUAAAGGUUAGAGGCAUUAAAUAUGCCAAAAUUAGAAAAUGGAAUAAAAAGAGGUGAUAUGAUCACUAGGUACAAAAUACUGUACUAAUGGGAAUCGACAAAAUUGCUAGGAAAGAAUUUUUGAGACCUGAAACUUCAAGAACAAGAGGUCAUAGAUUUAAACUAACUAAACAAAGCUGCCAAAGAAAUACUGGUAUAAGAAAAUUCACUUAAGCAAAGAGUGGUAGACAGUUGGAAAAAGUUAAAAGUAAAAGUUUUGGUGGAGACCAAAACAAAUACUGUAGUUUGAAACAAAACAAAUAGAGGCAGUAGUUUCAAAGCGCUAUUGACAGAGUGCUUGGAAGAUGGGACACCACAAGCAUAGCUCUGAUCCUGUAACUACACUUGGGUAUUUACAUGAAAUGUACUCUGUUACAUUCAAUUUCAAUAACAAACAGAUUAACUGGGAACAAAUAAACCAAGCUCUUGCAGAAAUAUGCUGGGAAAGACAGCUAGAUACUGCAAACUUAAACUAGAUAUUGCCUUGAGGAAAUAGAUACAGUAGCAUUAGAAAUAUGUGUAAGUCACAUACCACUAAGGAGAAAGAGAAAAAGAUGCAGACUGGAAUGAGAAUGGCGUUCCCUUUAUAGGCGACAAAAACAAAUUUCAGAACAUCUUAAAUGCUCAACUCUGUCCCAAGAAUGAAAAAGUAUGCUAUGUAGAGAAAUAGAAACGAUUGAGCUAAGGUUGCAAGAAUAAUAUAAAAUCCAGAAGAGACAAAGAGUAAAAGGCCAUGAAUGAAAUUAAGAAGAACCCAAAAUACUACUACUACGCAAAAUCUAGAACAAAAACUAUAUCCUACAUUGGGCCCUUGCACAGGAGUGAUGGAACCUACACAGAUGACAGAAAAAGAAAUGAGUGAAAUACUGAACUUACGGUACGAUUCUGUUUUCACAGAACCCCUGAACACAUUGCAAAUCAAUUAUCCAAAUAUUCUUCAUUCUUCAAUUAUCCAAAUAUUCUUUUUUAUAUCAGAUGUUACCAUCAUUCCAUCCGAGUUUGAAGUAGCAAUAGGCAGCAUGCCCAUGCACUCUGCACCAAGACCAGACUCCUGAAAUUCCAUACCGUAUCAAGAAUUGCAAAAAUUAUUGUCACAGGCUCUAAACAUCUUUUUUUGGAAACAGAGCAUAAAUACUGGUAUUAUCCCUGACCUACUUAAAACAGCAGAGAUUGUGCAACUUCACAAAUGAGGAAGUAAAGCUAACAAAAGAUAUGUAGACCAAAAGCUCUAACAUCACAUAUAUAAAAUUUUUGCAAGAGUGUUAAGAAGUAAGAUCACAAAUCACAUAAAAUAACAGUGUCUACACAUGGGGUUCAGAACAGGGGCUCCUGCCUCUCACAAUUGCUAGACCACUAUGACAUGGCCUUAAAAGCCAUGAAAAACAAACAAAAAAUGCUGAUGUAAUAUAGAUUUUGCAAAAGCCUUCGACAAAUGUGACCAUGGUGUUAUUGCACACAAAAUAUGCACAACAGGAAUUACUGGCAAAGUAGAGAGAUUGAUAUUUACGUUCAUAACAAACAGAACUCGGAGUGUAAUAUUCAACAAAGUAAAAUCUGAGUCGUCCACUGUGAUAAGUUCAGUUCCCCAAGGUUCCGUAUUUGCUCUGGUACUUUUCCUCGUCCUCAUAUCAUUCAUAGACAAGGAUACAAUCUAUACUGUAUCAUCCUUUGUAGAUGACACCAGAAUUUUCUUGAGAGUAGACAGCAUAGAGGACACAGCAAACCUCCAAUCUGAUGCUAAUCAAGUCUUUCAAUAGGUUACAGAAAAUAACAUGAUGUUUAAGCACCCACAUCAAAGAGACUGGUUGAUCAGACCAGACACCAGGAGGCCUGGUCAGAGACUGGGUCAUGGGAACAUUGAUCCCUGGAAUAUUCAGCAGGUAGUCAUCAGAAUAAUGUUGGAGCACACCAAUGGCAAUUAAAAAAAAUAUAUAUAUUGCUACAAUGUUUUUCACCUUCCUGAGCUUGGGAAUGGAAAAAAUCUUGAUACAUGCCAAAUAUUAUUUUAUUGAAUAUAUUAGAAUUUUGUUUUAAAUGAUAACAAAGUACUGUACUGUUUACUGUUUAUUCUAUUGCUGCAUUUUGUCGUGUUAUUGUGCAAUAAAAUGUAUUGUAUUUUAUUCUAUUUCUUUUAACUGUUACUUAUAUGAAGAAAGUAUCUUUAGAGUUUCUAUAAACAGUUAUGCAGUAGGUAUGCUUUGAAGUUAUAAAAAAGUAUGUUAUGAAAAUCCAACUUGAAAGAGCAUUUAUUAUAUAAAUGUUUCUCUUAAUUGUUACAUGAAAAUAGUAUCUUUAUAGUUUAUAUACACAGCUAUGCAGUAGGUAUGUUUUGAGGUACUGUAUAUUUUAUUCUGGUUAAGGUUAUAAAAAGCAUUUUAUGAAAAUUUAUCCUAAAUUUAUCUUAUCUAAAAUAAUACAUUAAUCAUUUAUUAUUUAAAUAUGCUAUCAGGCUAUAAUAUUAUUUUAGUCUGACUGCUAUAUGCUGCCUGCCACAGUAAAACAAUUUUAUGAUCCCCUCGGAUAUCAGCUGAAUUUUUAUAAAUAAAAUAUAAUUUUAUUGGCCCUGAAGCAUAUUACCUACCCCAUUUUGAUUUUCAUAAAUAUGAAGCAUCUACAGUAUUGUGAGCCUUAUUAAAAAAAAAAAGAGUACCAUAUCACAUUCAUAAUACUUUACAGUAUUAUGAAUGUACCAAAGAGCCAAAGCUCAACCCCUACAAGCAUAACUAACUAGGUGAGUACAAUACUGUACCAAUGAUACCUGUAAAUCCAUUUUGAGUGCCUUAUAGUCAUGAUUUAUCUAUAAAAGAUAAAUUGGUUAACAUUACAAUUUAAUGUGUAUAUACAAUAUUAUUGCAUUUUCUGAGCCACAUCUUUUUUGGUUACUCCCUCAGAUAGGAUCUGCUGUGUCCAAUGGACAGGAUCAUAGCCAGAAAGCACAUAUUGCAUUGAUGCCACAUGAAACUUUUUUUAAAACUGUCCCUGUAGUGUAUGGCAUGAUUGGAGUUCAGUCAGUCUAUACUAGAAUGAGAGAUAAUGGUGGCUUCCCUCUCUUAAUUUAUAAACUCAUUGAUUCUCUAUACUCUCGGACAGAAAGCGUGGAAGUUUGCUUAGCAACCAUGUGUGUGUGGGGGCAAUGACCAAUUUGUGUAUUCCACAGGUCAAGAUGUGGCCAAAUUGGUGAACUUAAUUGUUUACUGUGGGUCUCUGGCCUUGUCUUGAUUGAAGGGUGACAGGGUUUAGUUAGAGGCAUUUAAGAACUUGUACUAUAGGCACCAGGCUUCUUGCUAUGACAUUGGUAAGGGGCUGUAGACCUGGUGAUUUGUCAUAUGUUUUUUAUAUCUUGUUUUAUGUCCAUGUACUUGGGAAGUAUGGUAAAGUAUUGUGGAGACAUGUGAAACUGCUUGAUGUUGUAUGAAAGGGUUUCAUUACUAAAAUGCAUUUAUGAUGCUGAAAGUCACCUCUUUUGGCUCUUCAAUGCAAGGUUUAAGUAAAUUCUUAAAGAAUUUUGUGGCAAGCACCAGCAAUGGUGUGGUAAUGGAUAGGUAAGAUAAUUAUCAGGGGAAAGUGCUAAGCCACUAUGAUUAUAUAGCACUCCGAAGGGAUGAAGAUAAGGAUUUGGGACAGGUUGGAGGAAAGGAUUGUACCCAACCACGUAGACAGUCGAGGAUUGAAUACCAGUCUGCAAGAAGCGAGACCUUCACUCUACCGUCUAGUCCAAGUGGUUGGGCUGGGACCAGAAAUUUUUAGGAACUGGCACAUAGGUACCAAGAGACCUACAAUGGGUACUCCUCUCUAUUCAUGCAGUUUUUUAUCCUCAGGUAGUUGUCCCUUUUAUUUCCAGGACCAUAUCUAGAAGUUGGAAACAGGUCCAGUCUUGUCUCUUUAUGGUGGUGAAUUUGGGCUCUGCCUAUACUAGAAUGGUUCUCAAUUUAUCAAGUGUAUGUGCUCCUAUCUCUUGACUUUCAUUUGGCAUGAUGAUGUUAGCAGCAGUCCAUUGGCGCCUUGUUGGAGCUCAUUUGGGCUGGCAUCAGUGACUGCUAUCCAGGGAUCUAACAACGGUUAUGUCAUGUAAGGGUUGAAACUACACAACCCCAGCACCACCACACACUAUCCUAGCACAACCGCAUAACUAAGAAAUUAUCUUGGUGGCUACUUGAUACGAAGGGAAGGGUUUGUAGAAGUUUGAGUUUUAUGAGUGAAUUAAUCACUUUUGGAUAUUCUGAGCCAGAUUGUUUUAUCCAACAAUUCCCUGGUAUCUUAAUAACCCUGCAGGGUCAGUAUAUUGUUCUUCUUGACUGUGCUUGAUCCUGGUCAAUGGGGACAUUAUGGAUCCUACUUUAGGGGUCAGCCAAAUGAUCCUCUCAGAAAGAUGUUUUUCAUAUGCUAUAUUCUGAUAUAUUUUGAUAAAAUGUUUAGUUAUGGGAAUUUAUAAAUUUAUUAGCAAAAUUAUAAAUGGUUAUCGACAUGGAAUAUUUUAGAAAAUAAAUAAAAUAUAAUACACAAUA